UGAUGGCUAUCAAUGUGAAUCAAGUUUAAAAGAAGUUAUAGAACUUAUUAAAACUGUUUCUGACAAACCAUUCUCCUUACCAGCUGUUUCUGAUGAUAACUCAGGUUAUAAAGAACUAAUAGAAUUAGAAGGAAGGUGGAUCAAAAAAAGAAAGCCUGAGGAGGAACUUGACUUUGAAUUCAAACAAAUAACUAUCACUAAAAUUGAAAUUACCAAAUAUCAUAAAGAGUUGGUUCUUAAAAAGCUUCAAAUGAAUGCGAUUAUUAACAAUGUUUACAAGAUUGAACAGUCUCAAAAGAUCGAUGGUUCAUUACCCUUAUAUGAUAUAAUCAUUAAUGAUCAACUUCAACUUAAAAAAAAUGAACUAGGCAAAACGUUCGAAGAAUCUAUUGAAAGUUUUACUAGAAAAAAAAUCAGAUUAGAUUUGUCAAUUUGGGAGACCGCAUUUGGUAUGGUUUACUUGGAAACCGUUUUUAAUGAUUACUAUAAUAAAUGGAAACAUGUUUAUGAAAAAGCGAAAGAGUGGAUUGAUGAUAAACUCGAUCUUUUCAAAAUCCAAACUCUUAAACUUCAAAAUGAUAUCGAUUGCUUACUCAAAUCUAUAUCGGAAAAUGAUAGUAUUGUUAGUGUCGAUUCUGGAAAAUUUAAAAUUAUGUUUGAUGAUAAAACCAUUAAAACUCUUAAUUAUUAUAUUGAUGCUUGGGGUGCAAGGCACUUUGAUAAAGAGGUUUUGGUCUCUUUUUUUGCUAUCGCAUUUGUGAAUACUUUUUCAAAAGAUGAUAAUAUUUCUAAAUCUAAACGGGAAUCAGCAAGGAAUCAGAUUCAUGAUAAGGUGCAAAAUACUGAAUUAGCAAAAAGCAUAACCAGAGCUUGUAAACAAUAUUUAAGGAAACAGGUUUACGACUUUUUUACAGAAAAUAAUUUAACGAUAAUAGACUAA